GCGAACGGCACGGCCGGGCGGAGCGGCGCCGCCGCCACUAGACACGGUCGGCUCGUUCAGUCGUCCUCGGGCAUCCCUUCAUUGAAGGGCAUCAAUUGAAAUCCAGAGCAAGAGCAAGACUCAGCAUGGACUCCCUUCAUCUUGUGCACGUCAAGCUUCUGGCUGCCGAUCUCCUCACGCUAACCCCCCGACAUACAUCGCUGCCUUCCUUUGUUCGCUCAGGCCGUACAGUUGCUCGUGCCGAGGUUGUUGGGGUCGUUGUUUCACGUGACCGCAGGGAGAAGUUUCUCCGCUUCCUGGUUGAUGAUGGCACUGGCUGUGUACCAUGUGUCCUGUGGCUGAACCACCAAUACCUGAAUGCAAACAGUUCGUCCGAUUCUGAUCCAACUAGAGAGAUGGCAUCGAAAAUGUCGGAGGUGGUACGCCUGGGCACCCUGUUGAGGGUUCGUGGGAGGAUUGUCAUGUACCGUGGCGCAAUUCAGAUUGCUGCUAGAGACGUAGUUCUAGAGGAGGACCCUAAUAUGGAGGUCCUACAUUGGUUGCAGUGUAUUCACAUGGCCAAAGAAUGUUAUGAUUUACCACUACCUUCUGCUUGAGGUGUGCCUCGGAGGAUCUCAUGCUCUGUAAUGAUACCAAAUUGUAUGGUGUUUGUUUCUGUGGUUACUGUUGAACCAACUUCUUCUAACCGAUCCAGUGUCUGUACGACAAACACCGUUAAUUAAAUGCCAUUUUUGGUUGACUGCA